AGACAGAGGAUCGGCUCGGCACUGACCUCGGCCGUGUGCUAUCGCCGCCGCCGGCCGCGGCAGAUGUCCCAGUUCGCCCCGCGGCGCCGGCGGCGUUUGCGGCGCACGCCGUACCGAGGCCGACAGAUGGCCGCUCCCAGGGAGGGUGGGCGCUCCGGAGCUGGGAGCGACCAGCUGCCGGCGGCCUCCGAGGUCAGGUCGGGCCGCCGCCGGCCGCACCCCGCUGACCGAGACCCUGCUCAUUCCGGUCCGGAGCGGCCCAGACGCAGCAGGCACCGGCGCAAUGCGGGGAGUUCGGUGUAUGGCACUGCUGCUGACAGCGGCCGCCGCCGUCGCGGCGGUGGAGCCUCCCAAUGUGGACUUUAUGCGUUUCCUGCUGGAGGCGCACCGCUCCUACGUCACCGGCCAGGUGCGGCCCUACGUGCAGUACGCCAAGAAGGAGAUGCGCGUCACCGAGGUGCACAACAUUCUCAGGAACCGCCCUGGCGGCAUCCCGCGUUGGUCGGCGCCCGUCCAGGACCUCCUCUGCACCGAGUGCGAGUUCGCCAUCGCUCCCGUGCUGCUCGAGUUCUACAGCGGCACACCGAUCGACCAGAUCGCCGAGCAGGCCAUCGAGGCGUGUGUGGUGCUCGACCUGUACGACGAGGAGGUGUGCCGCGGAUCCGUCGAACUGGCCAUCCCGACGAUCGCCGAGGUGCUCAGCGCGCGGCGCACCACGGCCGCUGAGGUGUGCACGUACAUCAUCGGCGCCCAGUGCGGCUCCGUCAUCUGGCCCCAGUGGGAGGUACAGCUGCCCGACACGCCCAAACCGCCGCACAUCGAGCCCGUCCUGCCCGACGUGUCGGAGACGACCACCAUCAAGGUGCUGCAGCUGAGCGACCUGCACGUGGACCUCGACUACGCCGAGGGCAGCGAGGCGUUCUGCAGCAUGCCCAUGUGCUGCCACGCCUCACAGGGUCAGGGUAACGCGACCACGGGCCCGUACGGCGCGCUGGCCGACUGCGACAUCCCCAUGGCAACGCUGGACGCCACACUCGACUGGAUCACCGAGAACCACGCCGACGUGGACAUCAUCUACCUGACGGGGGACCUGCCGGCGCACGACAUCUGGAACCAGACCAGGGAAGGCAACGAGGCGGCUAUCCGCGCAUCGCUGACCAAGCUGCAGGCGCGCUUCCCCAACACGCCCGUGUACUCAUCCAUCGGCAACCACGCGCCCUGCUUCAUCAACAUCUACCCGCCGGCCACUGUCGAGUCGGAGACCAACAGUGUCGAGUGGCUGGAGGCGACGUUCGGCGAGCUGUGGCCGGCGCUGUUCCCCACAGAGAUCACUGAGGGCACCAUCGACCGGGGCUCGUUCUACGCCAGCCGCGCCAUCCCCGGCAAACUGCGCGUCAUCAGCAUCAACUCCAACUUCUGCAACAACCUCAACUGGCUGCUGCUGCUGGACUCUGUGGACCCGAACGGUGAGCUGCAGUGGCUGGUGGAGCAGCUGCAGGAGGCGGAGGACCUGGGCGAGAAGGUGCACCUGCUGAGCCACAUCCCGCCCGGCAUCACUGACUGCCUGCCCACCUGGAGCCACCAGUUCAACCGCAUCGUCAACCGGUACGAGGACACCAUAUCCGGCCAGUUCUACGGCCACACGCACAAGGACGAGUUCGAGGUGUUUUACGACCUGGAGGACCCCGGCCGCGCCGUCAGCGUGGCCUACAUCACGCCGGCCGUGACCACGUACAGCUACAAGAACCCUACCUACCGCAUCUUCCACGUGGACACCAACAGCACCUGGAUGGCCGUGGAUUACGACACCUACUGGAUGGACCUGGAGCGCGCCAACGCCGUCGGCGACACCAGCUACAGUAAGCUGUACUCGGCGCGCGCCGACCUGCUCGAGGCGCCGCCCACGCCGCAAAACUUUGACCGGCUCGUGCAGCGCAUGAAGACGGACUCGGACAAGUUCCAGCAGUACAUGAGCUACUACUACCACAGCGACGCGGCGCAGGUGCACUACGGGCCGUGCGAGGGCGCCUGCCGCGACCAGAAGAUCUGCGGCACGGAGACCUCCGACUCGAGCAACCCCCGCUGCUAGAGGACCGACGGACCGACGGAGGAGCGGAGCGGGGUGGGUGGGUGUCUGGGUGUGUGGUGCCGUCACCGGUAACCAGGGGCGGUUGUGAUGUGAUUUAUUGUGCCUAAAUGUUAGAAGCAGCGACUUCUGCUGUGACGAAUGUCCAACGGAAGCAAGAGUUGCUUCAGUGUCAUGCAGUGAACAUAAAAGCAUACAGCGGACGGCGAGUACUGAGACAAAUUGAAAUGUUUUAUGAUUCACGUAGGUCGUAGGUGUGCCUCGCAGUUGCAUUUGGACAACUGUAUCAACUUCACCAGUGGCCGUCCUUGAAUAAAUCGAGCUUUGCUUUGACGUGCGUGCCAAUAAGCAUCGAUGAGAAAUAUAACCAUACAAACUGGAA